GAAACCCCAGAGGAGAAGCUUAAGGGCCGGAGGAAGGCGCCGAGGAGGAGACAGCAGAAAGAUGGGAAGUGGAGUCAGUGCUGAGGACAAAGAACUGGCCAAGAGGUCCAAAGAGCUAGAAAAGAAGCUGCAGGAGGAUGCUGACAAGGAAGCCAAGACUGUCAAGCUGCUAUUGCUGGGUGCUGGGGAGUCAGGAAAGAGCACUAUCGUCAAACAGAUGAAGAUCAUUCAUCAGGAUGGCUAUUCGCCAGAAGAAUGCCUGGAGUACAAGGCCAUCAUCUACGGGAAUGUGCUGCAGUCCAUCUUGGCUAUCAUCCGGGCCAUGCCCACACUGGGCAUUGACUAUGCUGAAGCGAGCUGUGCGGAUGAUGGGCGACAGCUCAACAACCUGGCUGACUCCAUUGAGGAGGGCACCAUGCCUCCCGAGCUAGUGGAGGUCAUCAGGAAGUUGUGGAAGGAUGGUGGGGUGCAAGCCUGCUUUGACAGAGCUGCAGAGUACCAGCUCAAUGACUCGGCAUCUUACUAUCUGAAUCAAUUAGACCGAAUUACAGCCCCUGACUACCUCCCUAAUGAGCAAGAUGUGCUACGAUCCAGAGUCAAAACCACAGGCAUCAUUGAAACCAAGUUUUCUGUCAAAGACUUGAACUUCAGGAUGUUUGAUGUGGGAGGGCAGAGAUCAGAGAGAAAGAAGUGGAUCCACUGCUUUGAGGGAGUCACCUGCAUCAUUUUCUGUGCAGCCCUCAGUGCCUAUGAUAUGGUGUUGGUGGAAGAUGACGAAGUGAAUCGUAUGCAUGAGUCAUUGCACCUGUUCAACAGCAUAUGUAACCACAAGUUCUUUGCGGCUACUUCCAUCGUCCUCUUUCUCAACAAGAAGGAUCUCUUUGAGGAAAAAAUCAAGAAAGUCCAUCUCAGCAUUUGUUUCCCAGAGUAUGAUGGGAACAACUCCUAUGAGGAUGCAGGGAAUUAUAUCAAGAGCCAAUUCCUUGACCUCAACAUGAGAAAAGAUGUCAAAGAAAUCUACAGUCACAUGACCUGUGCUACAGACACACAGAAUGUCAAAUUUGUAUUUGAUGCAGUUACAGAUAUUAUCAUCAAAGAAAACCUCAAGGACUGCGGACUCUUCUAAUUCUCAUCAUUCCUCAAGAAUUUGUGCUAUAAACAGGCUCAGAAUCUGGGUAAUUUCAAGCAGAAAAUUUUAGGUCAAUAUACCAUGACAAGAAGAAUGAAUCCAUUCUCCCUUGGAGAGGGAGUAUGUA